GCGGAAGAUAUAAAAUUCCUCUUUUUACACUGCAUCAUCCCCCGCUUAAUUUCGGCAGCCGCAGCUCCUCCCUUCGCUUCGCUUGCUGGUGUCCGAGAGCCUCAGCUUCGCCUUGCUGUCGGUCUCACUCCCUCGGCUCUUCUACCCCGCACUGUCGCCGGCGCCGGGGGCGGGAACUAGUCGGCGGGCGGGGGCGGCGCGCGGCGCCGGGCGCGGAUCGGCCGCGGGUGCAUGGUGGAGGCCGCCGCGGGGCGCCGGUCGGGCACCAGCCGUCGGCGGCCUAGCGGCAGCGGAGGGGAGCACCAGCGCCUGGUCGCGGUCGCCGUCGCCGCGCGCGUCGUCAUGGUCACCACCCGCUCCGCGGGGCCAGCUGCAGCUGCAAGGGAAAUGGAAGGGGGUGGCAGCGGCGGCGGCCUGUGCGUGGAGGACUUCUUCCACUGCCUUCUCGGUGUGCUCGGAGCCCUCGGCGUCACGUGGGGGGCGUCCGCGCGGCCCCAGAGGCAGCCGCGCCCGCCGCUGCCGCGCGGAGUUGGCGCGGCGCCCGCGCCCGCGGACGCCCGGCGCUUCGCGGCGGAGCUCAGGGCGACCCCAGGCCGGAUCGCCGGCAAUGGCGCCUGCGCCGUCGCGUCUCUGUACACGCUGCAGGGCAAGAAGGGCGUCAACCAGGAUGCCAUGAUCUUCUGGGAGAACUUCUGUUCGAGAGAUGAUACAAUCUUCUGUGGUGUGUUUGAUGGUCAUGGACCUUACGGCCAUUUGGUUGCUAAGAGAGUAAGAGAUCUCCUGCCUGUAAAGUUAGGAGCAGAUUUGGCAAUGGAAGAUGGUAGAGAAACAUCCUCUAGCAACAUUAAGAGCAACACAAAUGAAGUACGUUCACCAGAACACAUAGACAGAGGAGAUACUGUCAUUUCCUCUGAAGCUGAGCAGAAUGGAGAGUAUGCAGAGAUCUUCCCAGCAUUGAGAACUUCAUUCUUGAAGGCCUUCCAUGUAAUGGAUAGGGAUCUCAAGUUACAUAAAAAUAUUGAUUGCUUCUUCAGUGGGACUACAGCAGUGGCAGUGAUCAAGCAGGGACACAAUCUUAUAAUCGGCAACUUGGGGGAUUCAAGAGCUGUCUUGGGCACCAGAGAUGAAAAUGAUCAGCUUGUUGCUAUCCAAUUGACAGUUGACCUCAAGCCGAACAUUCCAAGUGAAGCGCAGAGAAUCAGGCAACGCAGGGGCAGAAUAUUUGCACUCCCUGAGGAACCAGAGGUAGCUCGUGUUUGGCUUCCAAAGUACAACUCACCUGGAUUGGCCAUGGCUAGGGCAUUUGGAGACUUCUGUCUGAAGGAUCAUGGUGUAAUUUCCAUGCCUGAUGUUUCCUAUCACCGCAUCACAGAAAAGGAUGAAUUUAUUGUGCUGGCUACGGAUGGGGUGUGGGACGUCCUGUCAAAUGAUGAAGUUGUUAGUAUUGUCAGCCGAGCUACAUCCCGGGCCUCUGCAGCACGUUUUCUAGUUGAAUCAGCUCACCGUGCCUGGCGAACUCGGUUCCCCACAUCUAAAAUCGAUGACUGUGCCGUUGUCUGCCUAUUCCUGAACACAGAUGAAGCAAGUAAAUCUUCCAGUUCCAUGCCCAACAAUUUGGCAAAUGCUGUAGAAGUUAGCAAUGAUCAGCACUCCACGACUGUCCAGCUUAGUACUGGAGUGUCUGCCGAUCUUGUAACUGCACUGGUAAAAGAUGGAAAUGAGGUUUCUGUUGUCGAAACAGUUGCAAGGCCGGUCACCCUCGUGGAUCUGCCGAAGGAUGGUUGAGGCACAAAGCAAGGCUUCAUCAAGUGAGCUUGGAUGCUGCCUGUGAUUGGGAUCUGCUGCACAAUCAGUGGUUCAGGCACAGAGCGAAGGCAACUGGUACAUGCUGUGCCUGUGAUUUUGGCAUCUGUCAGACCGAAGAUAUAGCACGUCGGGGAGUUGCUGCUUGCUAUUUUUUAUGCACGCAAGUGUGACUAGGAUUUGCAGUUUUGCCUUGUGUAAGGUACAGCGUCAGUUUCGCGUCCAGUUCUUUGUAAUAAUUUUGUUCAUGUUCAUCGUCAAGAGGUUGAGAUCAUAGUAUCAUGUAGGAAUGAGCCUAUUGAGUUUUGUUGUUUCUUGUAAGUAUUCAUCAUUCUAUCUCUGUGGUGUCUGAUCCAA